AUGUCCGACCCGGAUCCCGACCCUCAGCUCCAGCCGGAAAAACAGUCCACACUUGAUCCCACCUCGAUCACCACUACCGAGAAGACCUCCGAUGGAUCCAAGAAGCCCGGCCGGUUCGACAAGACCUUCGAGUCCGAAGAGAAGCCGGUCCAUGCCCUGGUGGACAUGAGUCUGAUCCAGCUCAAGGCCGAGGACCUCUACGACAAGGAUAAGGUCGAUCUGGAACAAGUCGAACUGGAUGAUGUCUGGGCCCUCUUACAGUCAGUAGACCCCAUCUCCCAUCUCAUCGGAGACGUUGUCCCAGCGGACAACCGACUCUACGACGCCAUCAAUGUCUCAAUCGACCAAGCCGCCUUGACCGGUGAAUCUCUUCCAGCCAGCAAGAAGCUCGGCGAUCAAUGUUUCUCAGGCUCUACUUGCAAGCAAGGUGAAGCCGAGGGAGUGGUCAUCGCCACCGGUGCCAACACGUUCUUCGGAAGAGCUGCCGCACUCGUAGGAGCAGACGAUGAUUCAUCUGGUCACUUGCAAAAGAUCUUGGCUCAGAUCGGGACGUUCUGUCUCGUUUCGAUCGGAAUCUUCAUCAUUCUCGAAAUAUUGGUCAUGUACGCCGGAUUCAGAUACAGGUAUCGUCGUGGAAUUAACAACUUGCUCGUCCUCCUCAUCGGUGGUAUUCCUAUUGCCAUGCCUACGGUUCUGUCUGUCACCCUGGCUGUCGGCGCGCAACAAUUGGCCAAGUACAAGGCUAUUGUUACUCGAAUCACCGCGAUUGAAGAGCUAGCAGGAGUCACUAUACUGUGUUCGGACAAGACGGGUACCUUGACCACAAACAAGCUUACAAUCGACAAAUCCACCGUGAAAACCUACGGGGAAUACGACGUGGAUGCUGUCUGUCUAUUGGCUGCGUACGCGUCAAGAACCGAGAAUCAGGAUGCCAUUGACACGUGUGUUGUGGGAACCGUCGGAACCGGGCCAGCUCGGGCUGGGAUCAAGCUACUGGACUUCAAGCCAUUCAAUCCCGUCGACAAGCGCACUGAAAUAACUUAUUUGGAAGAAGCUACCGGCAAAAUGAAACGUGUCAGCAAGGGAAUGACUGGUGUGAUCAUCGAACUUUGUUCUCGUAACAAGACUGAGGACGUCGAGAACCAACUGGAAGCCGAUGUCGAGGAGUUUGCCAGACGAGGAUUACGUGCUCUGGCGGUCGCUUUUGAAGAUGUACCAUCCAAUGACAAAGAUGCCCCAGGAAACGGAUUCGAGCUUGUCGGCUUAUUGGCCAUUUUCGACCCUCCGCGUGAAGACACUCAGCAGACUAUUGAUGAUGCGAUGUUAUUGGGAGUAAGGGUCAAGAUGGUGACAGGUGAUCAACUUGCGAUUGCCAAAGAAACUGGCCGUCGUCUGGGUCUCGGUGAUCACAUGUAUCCGGCUAAAGUUCUCAAGGAUGGUCCCGAACCAGGCGGCAAACACUUGACCCUUGACGAGAUGAUCUUAGAUGCCGACGGUUUUGCGGGUGUGUUCCCUGAGCACAAGUAUGAGAUCGUCAAACGUCUGCAGGGUCUUGGCCAUCUGUGUGCGAUGACUGGUGAUGGUGCCAACGAUGCGCCGGCUCUUUCCCGUGCCAACGUUGGUAUUGCAGUCGAAGGUGCUACUGACGCGGCCAGAGGAGCAGCCGACAUUGUGCUCACCGAGCCUGGUCUCUCAACCAUCGUUCACGCCAUCCGCCAAUCCCGAAUCAUCUUCCAACGGAUGCGUAACUACUCCAUCUAUGCCUGUGCAGUCACUAUUCGAAUCGUCGUCGGUUUCGCUGUCUUGGUCUUUGCCUACAAGUUUGACUUCCCACCGUUCAUGGUGCUGAUCAUCGCUUUACUCAACGAUGGGACGAUCAUGACUUUGUCUGUCGAUCGGGUCUUACCUAGCAUGACCCCCGAUCACUGGGACCUUGCCGAAAUUUUCAUCUUUGCCACGUUUUACGGGCUAUACCUCGCCCUGUCGACCAUCAUCUUGGUUGUCGUGAUCCGAGAAACCAGCUUCUUCCCCGACAGAUUUGGUGUUGACACGAUCACUGACAUCAAUGACUUCAAGCUGCACAUGAUCAUCUACCUCCAAGUGGCCCAAAUCUCCCAAGCGUUGAUCUUCAUCACCCGAUCACACGGCUUCUUUUUUAUGGAGAGGCCAUCGUUUGCCCUCAUGGGAGCCUUCUGUCUUGCUCAAUUGAUCAGUUCAAUCAUUGCCGCUUAUGGAAACUGGGGGUUCACCCAGGUCGAAGGUAUCUCGGGAGGAUGGAUUGGAAUCGUCUGGAUUUGGAACAUCAUCUGGUUCCUUCCCAUGGAUUUCAUCAAGUUUUCUGUUAAAUACGGCAUCCGCGCUUGGAACGCUAAACGAGGCGUCAAGCCUCAGAGUCUCAAGUUGGUCGACGAGGCCACGGGCAUUCCUCUCACACGAACCGCCUCUCGCCACGAGUCAUUGUACUCGAACCAUGCUACCUGGAUCAAGAGGGCCCAACGUCGCGUCGGGCUCAAGAAAGGGACGACGAUCGAUCCGACCGAGUUGCAUCGCGUGGGCUCGCAUCAAGCCCGCGCCACUGGUGCUGCUUUGCGACACUCCACAUCUGCCGCCUGA